UUUGACUCUCAGUGUGUAUCACACCAACUGAUUGGUUUUUCUGUUGUUCACACAGGAGACCAUGUUGAGACAUUCUCUUCAUCCAGAGAGCAACAGCAGGAAGAUCACAGAGCUAAGAGGUCUCACCACUGCCCACAUUGUGAGGAGAUUUUCCCAAUUCUAUCAAAGCUAAAAAUACACCUAAAAAUACACACAGAAGAAAAUCUGUAUUCCUGCACUGACUGUGGGAAGAGUUUCACAACAUCAAGGGCUCUGACAGUUCAUCAGAGAGUACACACAGGAGAGAAGCCUUACUCCUGCUCUGACUGUGGGGAGAGUUUCUCCCAACAGAGCAACUUAAAAAAACACCAACGUAUACAUACAGGAGAGAAGCCUUACUCUUGCUCGGCCUGUGGGAGGAAUUUCUCUCAACAGAGCAACUUCAAAAAACACCAACGUAUACACACAGGAGAGAAGCCUUACUCCUGCUCUGACUGUGGAAAAGGCUUCACAACAUCAUCUGAGCUAACAGUUCAUCAGAGAACACACACAGGAGAGAAGCCUUACUUCUGCUCUGACUGUGGAAAGAGUUUCUCCCGAUUGGAUACCUUAAAAGUACAUGAACGUGUACAUACAGGAGAGAAGCCAUACUCCUGCUCUGACUGUGGAAAAUGCUUCACAACAUCAUCUGAGCUAACAGUUCAUCAGAGAACACACACAGGAGAGAAGCCUUACUUCUGCUCUGACUGUGGAAAAAGUUUCUCCCAAUUGGAGAAGUUAAAAUGUCACCAGCAAAUACAUACAGACCAAAAGUCUUACUUCUGCUCCGACUGUGGGAAGAGUUUCACCCGAUUGGAUACCUUAAAAUGUCACCAGCGUAUACAUACAGGAGAGAAGCCUUACUUCUGCUCUGAUUGUGGGAAGAGUUUCACCCGAUUGGAUACCUUAAAAUGUCACCAGCGUAUACAUACAGGAGAGAAGCCUUUCUCCUGCUCUGAUUGUGGGAAUAGUUUUUCUGAUCCGAGCAGCUUAACAACACACCAGCGUAUACAUACAGGAGAGAAGCCUCAUCAGUUCUCUCAGACAAGCUAAGAUUAAAGUCACCAUCACUUCCUUCUCAUCUCAUAAAUUAAGUGGUAACAGUGAAUUUGAUAACAUUUAAGAAAGAGUAAACAACUAUUGGGAUCCUACUGUUUCUCACUGUAAGAGAAUUGUGCAGUGGAAAGGGAGUGUUGUAGAAUGUUAGCUUCUCGUUAAUUUACUGAUCAGUGUGCACCUUGUCAGUUUAAAAAAUAUAUAUUUGAUUUAUUUUUUAGCUUUUACUCUGAAGAUAUUGAGAGUACCUUGAAUUUGCCCUUAGGGUUGAAUGCCCUCUGAGGCUUCUCACAUUGUAACAAUGGAGUCUGAUGGCUGACUGGGUGGUACUGCAUCCCUCUGCAGUUUUCUGUGGGAAUGAGCUAGUAGACAACAUGUAUCAGAUAGAGAUGGUGUGAUGAUCAGUGUAGAUUCAACAUGUAUCAGAUAGAGAUGGUGUGAUCAGUUUUCUGUGGGAAUGAGUUAGGAGACACAACAUGUAGAUAGAUAGAGAUGGAGAUGGUGUGAUCAGAUAGAGAUGGUGUGAUCAGUUUUCAUCAUUAGUUUGUGUGGAUUAUUUUUUUUACUACUAAGUAACUUUUGUUUAAUGAUGCACAUACUUUGAAAUGACUACGUGUUUAUUAAAUUGUCUUACAUUCAAUGACAAAUAAUAAAUCUAGUAUUUGGUUGACUGCAUUGAACUUGAUGUGCUAAUUAAAAAUACAUAUUAUACAUGAA